UAAAUCUCAAAUAUCCAUACGAGAGCGCCAUCUGAGUCAGUUAAAACAGUCCAGCGAAAAGUGCUCAAGCCCCACUUCUUGUCUGAACGUCUGCCAGUGAAGACCGGGAGGGAACCACCUAACACCACACAAAAUGAGCGACCUCAGCAAGAACGACGUUGAAAGGGCAUCCUUUGCCUUCUCAAUCUACGACUUCGACGGCAGCGGCAAGGUCGAUGCCUUCAACGUGGGCGACAUCCUGAGGGCACUCAACUCGAACCCAACACUGGCCACUAUUGAAAAACUUGGAGGCACCAAGAAGAAGGGCGAGAAGAAGCUAUCGCUUGAAGAGUUCCUUCCCAUCUACAGCCAAUGCAAGAAAGACAAAGACCAGGGUGGCUACGAAGACUUCUUGGAAUGUUUGAAACUCUACGACAAGGCCGAGAACGGUCUCAUGCUCGGAGCUGAACUUACACACACGCUUCUUGCCUUAGGUGAGAAACUUGAAGAUAAAGAAGUAGCCGAAGUCGUAAAGGACUGCAUGGACCCUGAAGAUGAAGAUGGCAUGAUCCCAUAUGCAUCAUUCCUGAAGAAGGUGAUGGCGUAGAGGACUUCAAUUGUCGUCAUAUCUUUAGCUAUAAGAUCCUUUCCUCAAAAAAAUGGUUGCGGGUUGGCAGGGCCCUCAAAAAGUGGCGAAAGCGGCACCGGCGGAGGCGGAAGCAGCGCCUGCAGCGCCUGCGGAGGGCUAGACUCCCUCGAAGCCUAUCCGCGGCCGUCAUGCCAGCUUCAGCCAAGAACAUCCACCGUAGACUACAUCUUACGGCAUACCCUCGUAAAUAACAUCUUACGAAACACCCCUUUUUAUACGAAACAUCAAAUAUAUACAUUUUGUACAAUAUGUUUAUGACUUUAUAAUAAAGUAAGAUUAAAGAAAGUACUGUGAACGCACGU